CUCUCCGAGUUUAUUUUCGUCUGCCUCAGGUUUUAUUUACUAACAAAUACUCCAUUAUUUAAACUAGGAGAGGAAAAAAAUUUUGAUUAAUCACUCGUCCAGAAAGGAUUAAAAAUGGGUGGGGGAGAUUUGAACCUGAAGAAGUCCUGGCACCCCUCGACGAUGAAGAACAUGGAGAAGGUGUGGAAGGCAGAGCAACAGGACAGUCGAGAGAAAAAAAAAAUAGCUGAAUUGAAACGAGACAUCGAGAUGGAGAAGGACAGGGAGGACAUGACGAGAUAUGCAAUGCAGCAGGGGGUGAUUGCAAAGAAAGAGGAUAAAAAACUCGAUUGGAUGUACAAGGGACCCAAUCAAGGGAUCAAUAGAGAAGAUUAUCUCACGGGAAAGGCAAUAGAUAAGACCUUUGAGCAGCAGGCACAGGCUGAGAGAGACGCAGAGAGAAAUCGAAUGCCUAGUAAUCACGUAGAAUACGAGUGCGUUCCACCGUCGUUGAGGUUUUUCUCAGGCAGUGAACAAGUGGAUCUGCAGAAGAAACUGCAGGAAGACCCGUUGUAUGCGAUUAAAAAAAAGGAAAUGGAGUCGAGGACGCAAUUACUGAAAAAUCCAGUGAAACUGAAGCAACUGAAGGAAUUAGUUAGCAAGAGGAGAGGAAGUCCUGAGGCGUCAUCUUCGUCGUCGAGGCAUCACAAGUCGUCGAAACACCACAAAGAGUCUCACAGAUCGAAGAAAGACGAUGGGAAACAUCAAUCGAAGAAGAAAGUCAAACUUACUGACGAGGAGAAAGAGAAACGACUCAAGGAGAUGCUGGCGAACGCCUCCUGGAGGGACAAGGAGAGAGCAAAAAAUGUGAAGAAGUAUCGAGAACAGGACAAAAAGGAGCAGAAGAGUAAAUCGUACGACAAGGACUUCAUCAGGAAACACCUGGUGAAGGCGACCGAAGUCGAGACCGUCGCCUCUCGAAUAAAAUCCAAUAUAAAUAAUAUCCAACGAUCUGGACGCGCGAUGGACACAAAUUUCGCCAGGAGAUAACCCCGAGCCAAAAAUCAUCGACUCAAUUCACUCUAGAAUUUUUUAUUCCUUUCAACGAGUUUUUAUAUUAUAUUUCUUUACAAUCAUGACGUAAUAAAUUAAUUAU